AAAGCGUCUCCCCCGCAGCAGCAGCAGCACAGACGCCGCCGGCUGCGGAUCUGCAUCUCCCUCCGUGCGUCCUGCAGGCCAGGUUGUGGAUCCAGACGAACCCGCCUCAGGGAGCAGAGGGAUGGGGACCAACAUGUGACGGUCCACGUCCCCGUCCCCCCGACGACAGCAUGCUCCGCCUCCAUGGGACCAUGACCUUCCUCUUCUGGUACCUUUUGCUGCUGCACCGGCGGGCCCUGGCCGACGAGGAGGCCCUGUGGGGCCCCACGCCGGGGAGGGGAACCCCGGCCGAGAAGAAAUCCGGCUCCUACUGGUGGACCCCCUCCCUGCCCAAGCUGCCGUCCCUCCCCUCUCUGCCGUUCGGCAUCCCUUUCUACGGCGGCUCGGACGAGGCCGGCGCCGCCGCCGGGGGACUGGCGGAGCUGAACCAGACCGGAUCCGGAGACGUACCCACUUCUGAGGAGUCUCAACCGCCAACGAUGAGAACUGAGUCACUUCCCCGGAGGACUUCAGCUUCAGCUCAGAGCGACAACGAGGCCGUUGUUUCCUCCACAACUGGCUUCUUCAGAAGAUCUCCAUCUACCAGCACCGGUACCAGCACCAGCACCGGUACCAGCGCUUCUGCACAACCGAGCCCACUACCGAGCGCCACAGGAGCACCUCAGCUCGCCACGCAGAGCCCCCCAGAGGACACUCCCUCCACAACCCCCCCUGGAACCACAGCUCCCACAGCCCUGACGUGGGUGCCAGUCCAAACCCGGACCCGAACCCCAGGGCUAGCGGUUGCCACGGUGACCGCCACUCAUGUUCUUAGGACCGCCUCCUCAGACGCCACCUUUCAACCCCCUGUAGAUUCCUCGACUGUCAAACAACCGUCCCCGACUGUCCCCCCCCUCUCAGAGGAGGCCACGGGGUCGGGGGCGGGUCCCACUGAGACCCGGGAAGACCCGAGCACCUCAGGGACCGGGACGGGGGAUCCUGAGGAACGGGCAGGGGUGGUCUCCACCUCCACCAGGAUCGAUCGUAAACCGGUUCUGGACUCCACAACAACCCGAUGGGCCGCCCGUCCCACAACCAGAGAGCCGCCGACCGAGGAGGGGGAGGAGUCGGACCGGGACACGACUCCGGCAGACGUCUCCACUCCACCGGUGAAGCUGCUGGACGCACCGACCACAGGUUCUCCGGCGCCGGACUCCGAGGACCCGAUGUCCAGCGUUUCGCCCGGCGCCGCCACCUUGCUCCCAGACUGCAACAGCGAUCGUUCGGGGCUCUGCGGCCCUGACCACGCCCCCAACGCCACCAACCGGUCGGGCGACGCCCCCUCAUCGCCGUCGCCGCCACCGCCGUCUCCGCUCCUGCUGGUGCCGCUGUACCCGGACUGGAGCGGCGCCAUGGCGGUCUGGGGCCGGGCCUGGGACGCCCACGUGUACGGCGCCGGCUGCGUCUUCGCCGCACUGGCGCUGGCGGCGGCGCUCAACCUGCUGUGCCUGCCGCUGCGCUGCCCGUCGGGCUGCGGCUACUUCGCCCUGGUCAGCCUGUUCCUGCUAGCCGCCGGCGCCACUCGCUCCUUCUCACUGCUCUACGACCCCUACGGCCGUCACGGCCGCGUCCCGUCCGCCGAGGCCCGGCUGCUGCUCGCCGAGGCACCGUUUCCGUGCCUGACGGCGGCGUUCGGACUCGUCUUCCUGCUGCUGUCGAUGCGCUCUCGCAUGCAGCUAUCCUACUCCGCCUUCCAGCGCCCGUGCGUCCUAGCGCUGCUGGUGACGCUGCACUUCGCCGCCGCCUUUGGCCCCGUCACCCUGCUGCGGUUCUACCGCCAGAAGCCGCCGCUCUGCCUCUUCCUGUCCCUCGUCUCGCGCGGCGCCUUCGUGGCGCUGGCUAGCUUCCUGUCCGCCGCCUACUUCGUGUUCUACGUGUACGUCCGCGCCGACGCCAAGCACAUCUACCACCUGAACAACACGUCGCCCACGCCGGCCGAGCGCUACAACCGCUGCCCCUUCGCCGAGAGCCGCGACUGGAACCGGGCGGCGGCCACCGUGUGCCUGGCGGCGGCGUUCUCGUUAGCAUGUGCCGGGCUCCAGCUCUACGCCAUGCUGACGGCCGUGGGCGUGGCCGGCGGGGAGGGCGGGUUCCGGCCCUGGCCCUGGUGGGGUUUCCAGCUCGCCUGCCGGCUGUGCGAGCUGGGCGUGGCGCUAUCGCUGGCGGCGGCGGUGGCCGCGCCCAUCUACUGCUCCGACCAGCCGCCCGGCGGCGCCGCCGGCUGCUGGACCGAGCUGCUGGCGGCCAAAUCCCCCAUCAUGCCCGGCGGCAGCUACCAGUGGGCGCUGAGCCCGCGGGAGAAGCUGGCCAUCGUGGACGGCGCGGGGCUGGGCGAGACGGAGAGCCUGCCGCUCUACACGCUGAUGGACGAGCGGCUGGCCGGCAGCCUGAACGGCCUGGACCUGCUGUACCACAGCAACCGGGCCCUGGCCUACCGGGACCUGGACCUGGACCCGGACCCGGAGAAGCCCGGCGUGCCCUCAGGCGGCUCCUCCUUCGCUAGCGACUCCACCGCCGACUUACGCCCGCCGUCGCCCAUCAACCUGCGCCGCAGCAUCGACGAGGCGCUCUUCAGCGACGCCCUGUUUCCCAUGAGCCUCUUCGGCCCGGCGGGCCUGUACCGGACCUCGUCCUGCUCCGAGGUGGCGUCCGGGGCCGGGCCGGGUCAGGGCGACGCCCCCCUCGCCCCCGCCGCCGCGUCGCCGCCGUCCAGCGGCUCCUGGAGGGGAAGCACCUCCUCCUGCUCGCUGGUCCUGUGUCCGGCGCCGGAGCGGCCCGCCAGGCCGCGCCCCCCGGCACCGCCGGUGCCGCCCAACCCGCCGGGCCCAUACCGGCCUCUGGGGGCGCCGUCGAGCCCGGAUCGGUGCGUCCAGCAGGAAUUCAUCACCGUCUGCCGGCAGAUCGACGCCCUGAGCAUCUGCAGCGAAACCAUCGACCUAUAGACUAUCAAUGACUGAUUUGAUUGAUUCGUCCCGUGUCUUUACUCUCCAGCACGCCGGCUUCACAUCUUAAGAGUCUCAAAAGUGCCAAGAGGAUUAUUUGUACAUUUUACAUGUUCAAAAGAUUUGUACAAAAUGUUUUUAACUGCGCUCCAACAUUCCGAUAGAACAGCUGAGUUAAAUACUGAGGCGACUCAGAACGCGGCGCCGCGCGCCCUCUGCUGGCCGACAUCAGCAAGCUCCACUCCUCUAUCCCAUAAACAGCAUCCUCCGCCUCCGACUGGUGUACUAAUUUAUUUAUGUUUGAAUAUAACUCUAUUGCUCUAUUUGUCGUUUAAUAAACUUUGCUUUU